AUGGAGAGCUUCUCUCAGAAGUCGCCAACAGAUUGGUACCUUGAUGAUCGGACAGGAGGUUGCAUCAGAAGUACACCAUUACAUUGCCCUACCAACAAGACAAGUUCAACAGACAUGUUCCACCCUAUUGCUCAUGUUACAUUGCGCUACAAUCCAAAAGGCAUACAAAAUAUUACCACUCAGAGAAAAUGUGAAGAAGCUUGUCGAGGUUCCUGCUCCUGCACUGCUUAUUCCUAUAACAAUAACAUGUGCUCUGUCUGGCAUGGGGAAUUGCUUAGUGUAAAUCUGAAUGAUGGCAUUGAAAUUUUUGCUGAAGAUGUUCUUUACCUUCGCCUUGCGGCCAAUGAUUUUCCAAGUCUGAGCAAAAACAAAAGAAAACUAAGCGUUGGAGUUGUUAUUGCUGCAAGCAUUAUUAGCUUUGCGUUAAUAAUGCUCGUGAUGUUGUUAGUGGUUCAGAGGAACAAAUUCAAGUGGUGUUGUUCUCCAUUAUACGAUAACCAAGGUUGUGGUGGGAUUAUUGCCUUUAGAUACACCGAUUUAGUCCACGCUACAAAAAACUUCUCUGAAAAGCUGGGAGGAGGUGGUUUUGGCACUGUUUAUAAGGGAGUGUUAAGUGGAUCGACUCCGAUAGCGGUGAAAAGGCUUGAUGGUGCUCGCCAGGGAGAGAAGCAAUUUAGGGAUGAGGUGAGCUCACUUGGACUGAUCCAACAUAUCAAUCUAGUCAAAUUGAUUGGUUUAUGCUGUGAAGGACAUAAUAGGUUGCUUGUCUAUGAACAUAUGCUAAAUGGCUCUCUUGAUGGUCAUCUAUUUAAGAGCAAUUUUGGUGUGUUAAGUUGGAGUACCAGGUAUCAAAUAGCACUAGGAGUUGCUAGAGGAUUGUUCUACUUGCAUCAGAGUUGCCACAAGUGCAUCAUACAUUAUGAUAUUAAGCCAGAAAACAUACUCCUCGAUGCAUCAUUUGCUCCUAAAGUUGCGGACUUUGGGUUGGCAACGUUUCUGGGAAGAAAUUUUAGUCGAAUUCUGACUACAUUCAGGGAAACUGUAGGUUAUCUUGCCCCAGAGUGGCUUAGUGGAGUUGCUGUUACACCAAAAAUUGAUGUUUAUAGCUUUGGCAUGGUAUUGUUGGAAAUCAUAUCAGGAAGGAGAAAUUCAGGUGAAGAAUCCACUAGCAACAGUUAUCAUGUUGAAUAUUUCCCUGUACAAGUCGUCAACAAGCUUCAUGAAGGGGAUGUGGGGAGUUUGGUGGAUCCACGGUUACAUGGCGACUUCAAUACGAUACAAGCUGAAAGGCUUUGCAAAGUUGCAUGUUGGUGCAUUCAAGAUAAUGAGUUUGAUCGGCCAGCGAUGGAUGAAGUGGUACGUGUUCUUGAGGGUCUACAGGAGAUUGAUAUGCCCCCAAUGCCAAGACUACUUGCAGCUAUAACAGAACACUCUGAUACAACUUCAAUGUAA